AUGCACGCGAUCGGGAAAAUCUAUUUCGAUAACAUAAACCUCCGAAACGGCAAAUACACGCCAACCCGGGCUUACGGUCAGAGCAAACUGGCUGUAGUCCUGGGCACCCGAGAACUGGCUAAACGGUUGGGUAAGAGUACCGUUACGUGCUAUGUAUUAAAUCCCGGGGCUAUUAAGACUGAUUUGCAACGACACAGCGAUAUGAGUGAAGGCAUGAUGAACAUGAUGUUUAUGAAGCCAGAUAUGGGCGCUCAGACCACAUUGUAUUGUACGCUGCAGGAGGAACUGGAUCAUGAGUCGGGAUUUUACUACAACAAUUGUAAACGAGUGGAUAAAAUGGUAAAACAGGCGACGGAUGACGAAACCGCUAAUAUGUUGUGGGAAUUGACGUGCGAUUUGGUGGCACUGGAAGAUGCACUCAGAAUAUAA